AUGGAUCAGCCGGGUUUGGCACACCAUGUCUCGUUUCAUGUUCAUGAAGAGGAUCAUGAUCGUUUACAUCUCACAAAACCACCUGCCAUUAUUCUACGAUCGCUAAGUAAAAGCGAUCCACAUCUAAGCAUUCCUCAUCUUCUUAUGAGCCAGGAUGAAGAUCACCCGUCUUUGAACCGUAUCGUAUCCGGUUUGUUUCAUGUAGGAAGUGCACUUCGCACUCCCAACACUUCUUGCGGAAAUUUCGAGGGUAUUGUUAUGAGCAGUUCGGGUGAUCACCAUCAGAAUCCGUCAGUUGUGGCGACACAUCUUCCCAGUGAUAGUCACUGUUCCGAUGGUUUUGUCGCUUCAGGGUCGUCUUCAGUACAUCCUCUGUCAACAGGCUCUCCUGAUGGUCAUGAUAAUAGCACAAACCAGAGUCAUAGUGUGUUUGGGAAAAUGUUCCAUCGUGGAUUCUUCUCAAAACCUGUUAUGCGCUCGGAAGAAGAGAGCUAUCGUUACCUAAUGGCUCUGGAUCGCUAA